UUCACGGCUGUCUGUCACUGCGUCCCAGAGCAUCAGAGGUCACCUGCUCGUGCACACCGAUUCCGAGAUGAUGGUGCUGACGGUCCUGCUGCUCUCUGGGCUCACGGUUCACGGAGUCCUUGCUGUGUUUUCCCAGCAGCCCCAGGACUUGGUGGUAGUGGCUGGUCAACCGGUCACUCUGCCUUGCUCUAUUCCUGGGUACCGAGGAAUUGUGCUGUGGAUCAAAGAUGGCCUGGCUUUGGGAGUUGGGCGAGACCUGUCAGGUUAUCCUCGCUACACUGUAAUUGGAGAUCACAGUUCUGGGGAACACCACCUAAGGAUCCAGAGGGUCGAGCUAUCGGAUGAUGCUGUGUUUGAGUGUCAGGCCAUCGAGGCUGCCAUGAGGUCUCGACCUGCUCGACUCACAGUUUUGGUUCCACCAGAUAACCCAGUUAUUGAUGGGGGCCCUGUGGUGAGUUUGAGAGCUGGGGACCCACUCAACCUGACGUGUCACGCUGACAAUGCCAAGCCUGUCGCGUCCAUCAUCUGGAUUCGAAACGGGGAGGUGCUAAACGGAGCCAUGUACUCUAAGACACUUCUUCGUGAUGGCAGGAAGGAGAGUACAGUCAGCACUCUAUACAUUUCACCGUCCAACAUCGAGUCAGGACAGACGAUCAUCUGCCGUGCGUCAAACAAAGCUGUCCCUAAUGGAAAAGAGAGCAGCGUCACUAUUGACAUCCAGCACUUACCACUGGUAAACCUCUCUGUUGAACCCCAGCCAGUGUUGGAAGGAAAUCUGGUGAAGUUCCACUGCUCUGCUAAAGCCAAUCCACCAGUCACUCAGUACAGGUGGGCCAAAGGAGGUCAUGUGAUUAAAGAAGUCUCUGGAGACACCUAUGAAGUCGUAGUGGACCACUCCUUCUUCACAGAUGCUGUUUCCUGUGAGGUCACCAAUCCUCUUGGGAGUACAAAUAUCAGCCGCAACGUGGACGUCUACUUUGGUCCUCGGAUGGCUGCAGAACCACAGUCCCUGCAGGUGGACCUGGGAUCAGAUGCAGUGUUUAAUUGUGCUUGGACUGGAAACCCAUCACUCACGAUUGUGUGGAUGAAGAGAGGGUCUGGAGUGGUGCUGAGCAACGAGAACAUCCUAACUUUAAAAUCAGUGAGGCAAGAGGAUGCUGGGAAAUACGUUUGUCGUGCUGUGGUGCCUCGAGUCGGGGCCGGAGAGAAGGAGGUUGCGCUUACAGUGAACGGGCCUCCGACCAUAUCCAGCACUCAAACACACCAGGCACCACACGGAGAGAAGGGCCAGAUCAAGUGUUUCAUCCGCAGCACUCCUCCACCUGACCGCAUUGCCUGGUCGUGGAAGGAGACAGUCCUCGAGUCGGGCACGUCUGGCCGCUACACAGUUGAGACGGUGAGCACAGAGGACGGCGUCUUGUCCACCCUAACCAUGAGCAACAUCGUCCCUGCUGACUUCCAGACCAUCUACAACUGCACAGCCUGGAACAGCUUUGGCUCUGACACUGAAAUCAUCCGUCUCAAGGAACAAGGUGGGAGCCAAGAGUCUCUGCCCGUGGCUGUGAUUAUUGGCGUGGCAGUGGGAGCUUUCGUCGCCUUCAUCGUCCUCAUCGGCACCAUCGGGGCCUUCUGCUGCACACGCUCUCAGAGAAAAGACGCUCACCUGGUUAUGCCCUCCCUCCCUGCCUCGAUCUGUGCUCAGCAGAGAGAACUUUCCAGCAAAAUUAAGACAGAAAACCUCAAAGGCGUCGUCUCGACCAAGAACGAUAUCCGUGUGGAGAUUGUCCACAAAGACCACAACGCCGCACGGGAAAAUGAGGACCAUGCCGCUAUGAAGCAGCUUAUGAUUGAACGUGGAGAAUUCCAGCAGGAGUCUGUUCUCAAGCAGCUGGAGGUCCUGCAGGAGGAGGAGAAAGAAUACCAGCACAUCAAGGAUCCCACCAACGGCUAUUACAGCGUAAACACCUUCAAAGAGCACCACGGAACUCCCACCAUCACACUGGCUAGCACCCACACCACCACUGAACUGCGUCGGGAAACCUCCACCGGCAAGCAGCGAGUACCCACAGGCAUGUCUUUCACCAACAUCUACUCAACCAUCGGAGGUGCGCCCAACCCUCGCUUGUAUGAAUACGGAGGACGCUUCGUCCUGGGAACAGGCAGCAGCUCCAUUGAGCUGUGCGAGCGUGAGCUGCAGCAGCGUGCCUCCCUCAGCGACUCUGGUUCCUUCAUGGACACGCAGUGCGACAGCAGCGCCAGCAGCUAUGCGCACUUUGACAAGGACAGCAAGGCCUCAGCGUCGUCCUCGUCACACCAUUCACACUCGUCUUCCCAGAACUCGGACCUGACGCGACCCCUGCAGAAGCGCAUGCAGACACACGUGUGACGGCAUCGUGUCAUACCGCAAACGAUGUCAGGAAGCAGAUCAAGCACACACGCUCUCUUUUUCUUACCCUUUUUUUGUCUCAGUAAUGUCAUCUUAAGAACCUUGCAGUUGCAAAUGCAGCUUUGGAAAAGUCUUUGUGGUUCCAUAUGCAGACAAGUCAAAUACCCUGAACUGAGAAGAAGCACCUUCAGUGUAGUGAGAAGCAUCUCAGCUACUGUACAAAACAGUUAAACAGGAUGACACAAAUGACAAAACACAUGCAACAUGUGGACAAGCAGAUCCUAAACGCAUGGAGGUCUACAAAACGUGAACAGUUUCUACAGUGCC